AUGUAUCAAACACCCGCUGCUUCACUUUAUUCACCACGCAUUACCAGCUCAUCACCACUGGAGUCACCUUUCUUCUCCGCCGCGCAUGGCGUAGUUCAAACACAUCCCGCGCUGGGCAACAGCAAUUCGUUACCGUUAAAUGGCAAUAGUUUGGGUAGUGGCGGUGUGUCGAGUACGCUCAGCGUUGGCAGUGGUUACCUGAAUUCUCGUGGCAAUUUGCCAAAAUUCAAUACACAACGCUACCCACAAAUUGCGAAUACCGUAGUCGAUCCGAAUCCACAGUCGCCAUUCCGUCAUUUAGAUUUCUCCACCAGUGCCACCGCCGAACUGAGGCGUAAUCCAACAUUAUCGGCGCCAGAUGAGUGUGCGCGCGCCUGCCGUGAAGGUGAACCGCCACGUAUUUGCUACUAUCACUUCACCAUGGAAUACUACACUGUACUGGGCGCCGCUUGCCAAGUAUGUACGCCAAAUGCCACCAACACCGUCUGGAGUCAUUGUCAAUGUGUUCUUGCUGAUGGUGUCGAACGUGGUAUACUCACGGUGAAUCGUAUGAUACCCGGGCCCAGUAUACAGGUGUGUGAAAAUGACAAAGUCGUUAUCGAUGUAGAAAAUCACAUGGAAGGUAUGGAGACAACAAUUCAUUGGCACGGUAUUUGGCAGCGUGGCUCACAAUAUUAUGAUGGUGUGCCAUUCGUAACACAGUGUCCCAUACAGCAGGGCAACACUUUCAGAUAUCAGUGGACCGGCAAUGCAGGCACACACUUCUGGCAUUCUCAUCACGGUCUACAGAAAUUAGAUGGUAUUUAUGGCAGCAUUGUUGUACGUCAGCCGCCGUCGCGUGAUCCCAACUCACAUAUGUAUGAUUUCGAUUUGACUACACACAUUAUGCUGAUUAGCGAUUGGUUGCAUGAGGAUGCCGCAGAACGUUAUCCCGGACGCUUGGCCGUGAAUACUGGUCAAGAUCCCGAAUCGGUGCUAAUCAACGGCAAGGGUCAAUUCCGUGAUCCCAAUACUGGUUUCAUGACAAAUACGCCAUUGGAAAUUUUCACAAUCACACCAGGACGUCGCUAUCGUUUCCGUAUGAUUAAUGCCUUCGCAUCCGUUUGUCCAGCGCAGGUGACAAUUGAGGGUCACACAAUGACGGUAAUUGCAACCGAUGGUGAACCAGUGCAACCGGUUGAUGUGAAUACGAUCAUAUCGUUCUCAGGUGAACGCUAUGACUUCAUUAUCAAUGCCAAUCAACCUGUCGGCGCUUACUGGAUACAGGUGCGCGGUUUGGGUGAAUGUGGCAUUCGUCGCGCUCAACAGUUGGGUAUUUUGCGUUAUGCGCGCGGCCCCUAUCAACCAGCAUCGGCUCCACCAACCUACGAUGUCGGCAUACCACAGGGUGUGGUCAUGAACCCUCUGGACGCCCAAUGUAAUACACCGAGAAACGAUGCUAUCUGCGUGAGUCAGCUGAAAAGUGCGCUGGAUGUACAUCGCGACAUUUUAACACAAACGCCCGAUGUGAAGAUCUUCUUGCCCUUCCGCUUCUACGUUUACCGUCCGGAAGAGCUGUUCCAGCCAAACACCUACAAUCGCUAUUUGGUCGCGCCCACUGGUGAUCAUGUCAUCUCUCUCGUCGACGAGAUCUCGUACUUGUCUCCACCGGCGCCACUUACCUCGCAAUUCCAUGAAAUCAAUCCUGAACAAUUCUGUAACGGUGAUAAUCGUCCCGCUAAUUGUGGUCCAAAUUGCAUGUGUACCCAUAAAAUCGAUAUACCGCUGAAUGCAAUUGUGGAAAUUGUGCUAGUUGACGAAGUUCAACAACCUAACUUGUCGCAUCCCUUCCAUUUGCACGGCUACAGCUACAGCGUUAUCGGUAUAGGUCGCUCACCCGAUACCAGCGUCAAGAAAAUUAACUUGAAGCACGCCUUGGACUUGGACAGACGCGGUCUGCUGCACCGUCAAUAUGAUUUGCCACCACAAAAGGAUACACUGCCAGUGCCAAAUAAUGGUUACGUGGUGUUACGUUUCAAAGCGGAUAAUCCCGGUUUCUGGUUCUUCCAUUGUCACUUCCUCUUCCACAUAACGAUCGGUAUGAAUCUGAUAUUGCAAGUUGGCACAAAUGCCGACUUACCACCAGUGCCACCAGGUUUCCCAACGUGCGGUGAUCACAAGGCGCCUAUACCGAUUGUCAUGAACCCCUUGGAUGCUAUCUGCAACCGUAAACGCAACGAUGCGGUUUGUGUCUCGAAUUUGAAAAAUGCCAAAGCUGUGGACAAAGGCGUGUUGGUCGAACGUCCUGAUGUAAAAAUUUUCCUACCAUUUCGGUUCUUUGUUUACGAUGUGAAGAAUCUAUUUAUUGCCAAUACUUACAACCGCUAUUUAGUUGCUCCCAGCGGUGACCAUCUCAUAUCGCUGAUCGAUGAAAUCACCUACGCCUCACCACCGGCGCCGCUGCUCUCACAAAUGAACGACGUCUCACCGGAACUCUUCUGCAAUGGCGACAAUCGGCCGGCAAAUUGUGCCAAUAACUGUCAGUGCGUACAUAAAGUAGACAUACCACUUGGCGCUGUCGUCGAAGUGGUGCUUGUGGAUGAAGUACAGCAAACUAAUCUCAGUCAUCCAUUUCAUUUACAUGGUUCACCCUAUUACGUUGUCGGUCUGGGACGUUCACCGGAUCAAAAUAUAAAGAAGAUUAAUCUAAAACAUGCUUUGGAUUUGGAUCGCUUGGGUAUGCUAGAGCGUGAUUUCACCAAACCGACACUCAAGGACACCAUUGCCGUGCCAAAUAACGGUUAUGUAAUUCUACGAUUUCGUGCCAGCAAUCCCGGCUUUUGGCUCUUCCAUUGUCAUUUCCUCUUCCAUGUAGCGAUUGGCAUGAAUUUAAUAUUUCAUAUAGGCACACAAGAUGAUUUGCCACCAGUACCGCCGAAUUUUCCACGUUGCGGCGAUCACUUGCCACCCAUACAGUACUUUUGAGUGGCCAAGUUUUGGGUCAGUAGAGGAGUAGUUAGCAAAGUAGCUA